UAUAUAAAAAUGAUAUAAGAAAUAUUGAAAUUGAAAAGUAAGAAGCACUAUUUAUAACGCACAUACAGCUCUUGUUAAACCACUCACUAACCACUCUGCCCUGUCCCUUGCGUUUUCCAGAUCUGCUUCUCUCACAGCCAUCCACACAGGCAAAGACUAGAUUCUAUUUGAACGUGAUGGGUCGUGGAAAUAGCAGUGGUGGUGGUCAAAGUUCAUUGGGUUAUCUUUUUGGCAGUGGAGAGGCCCCAAAGCCGGCAGCAACUACUGCACAACCUGAAGUGCAGCCUGUAAAUAAUGCACCCCCUUCAAAACCUGCAGCUGCUCCUAAAGCUAUAGACCCAAGCAAGCCUGCUGGCAUCAAUAGUAAUUCUAUUGAUGGUCUGAACACCGGCAACUUCAUCACGGACCGACCCUCAACCAAGGUUCAUGCUGCACCUGGUGGUGGCUCUUCUUUGGGUUAUCUCUUUGGUGGGCCAGGAGAUGGAAAAUGAUUUCUCGUUUGGGAAGCGUUCACUUGAGAAUGAUCUCUGUUAAAAUUCAAGUUGUGUGAACAAAAUGGGUGAUGUAUUAUAGGUUAUGGUUGUUGGGAUAUAAGUUCUUCAAGAAUGUUAUAUUUUAAAUGUGCUUAACAUUGAUUACAGAGCUGUGUUUGUCAAACAAGUUUUUAUUAUCAAUUGCGCAUUUGGUUUUAGUUCUGUAUUAUA